CUAUAUGAGGUUGGUGUCCCGGAUUUCCCCUUGGGCAUACUAUAUCUUUUACCCGUUUAUACAACCAUUGCCAUGUUGCAAAGGCUUUGCAAGGAGGAGGAAUGGUGUCGAUUAUGCAAGGAACAAAUGAAAAGUUCAUAUAGAGACUGUGACAAACUGUCAGCUUGGAGUAUCAUUAAAGCGGCAUUACCAUAUCUGGCUAUACUUAUGGCUUUGGCCUUACUUUACUUUGCAUUACUUUUACUAUAUGAAAGGGGAAGUCCUUGCAGGAGGAGGAGAUGUUAUGAGCCAUGUUACCGUACGACGCAAUGUGAACGGCGAAACAAUAUUCUACUCCUGGAUAAUGUAAGAGCAUGUAAUGCCAGAAGACCUAUCAAAGAUGUUACUUUCGGACUAAGAUGCAUGGAUGUUCUAGGCCUAGUUGGCGAGAGAUCUGGCAAGACGACUCUUAAUAAAUUAAUAAUAUCACAGCAUUGCUUAUCCAGGGGUCGCGUUUACAUCAGAGGCAUCAAUGUCAAUUGCAAGAGAAAGCGAUACAGGGCCUACAAAUGCAUCGGUUAUUGUCCACAGAAAAAUUGUUUUGAGCCAGAAUUUACGGGUCGUGAGAAUUUAAAAAUAUUCGGCCUAAUUCGGGGUAUAAAAUGUAGACAACUUCGCAGGGUAACCCAUGAACUGGCGGAUAAUCUCAGUUUCAGACGACAUCUGCGUAAGCGGUCCAAAUGGUAUACAGUAAGCGACAAGCGGAAAUUGAGUACCGCCAUAGCUGUUUUAGGAACGCCACCAUUAAUUAUAUUGGAUCAACCCACGGCUGGAGUGGAAAAAGCCCAUCGAUCGAAUGUUUUGCAUGUCCUGAAAAGCGUCAAUGAUUGCGGCAGUGCGAUUUUAUUAUCAUCCAAUAAUAUAGAGGACUUUCAGACCCUUUGCAAUCGAUUGGCCUUGAUUAGGCGAGGAAAACUUGUUGCCAUCGGUCCUGUGGCAAGCUAUAGAAAUCAUGCAUCUCGCGGGCUAAUUCUAAUGGUCAAGGCCAGACCCCAUGCUCUGAUUCAUCAGUUAUGCAUUUAUUCAUUAAACAGGGAAGCUAUUAUAAACAUAAUUACCCGAUACUUGUUGGCCAACUUUGGAAGCGUUUAUUUACUAGAAGAAAUUCAAGGUGAUAUGUUGUUUUAUAUACACAAUUCAUUUGUUCCCCUGGCCAGGGCCUUUCAGAUAAUAGAGCAUAAACGUCUCGAGCUAUCCAUUUCGGACUUUUAUGUAAAACACGAAGAUAUUGAGCUAUCCUUUGUCACCCGAAACUUUAGAAUACUCCGAUAAAUACAAUGCAGCAUCUUUAA